AUGUUGCUCUCCCACUUGCGAGACACGCCUCGCGAAGCGCGCGGCUGGCGCCUCUGGUUCAGCGCUUGGGCAGUUGGUGCCCUUGGCAUCUCCCGAGGUCUGGACGAGGGCAUCAUCUCUGGUGUUCUCAAGCAGCACAGCUUCAUCAAGACGUUUGGCUUCGAUGACAACUCUCCUCAGGAAGCGACCAUCGCGUCCCAGCUCCAGCUCGGCUCGGUUGCCGGCUCGGCCAUCGCCUUCUUCCUCUGCGAUCGCCUCGGCCGUCUUCGCACCUCGAUGCUCGCCUGCUUGCUCUGGCUCUUCGGUACGGCCAUCUGGAUGACCUCUGCCGGCGUGAACGGCACCCACUCCCCCGGAAACUACCAGCAGCUCCUCGCCGGCCGCUUCAUCGCCGGCCUCGGCGUCGGCUUCACACCCGUCGUCGCCCCCGUCUAUCUCGCCGAGAUCGCUCCCAAAGCGAUCCGUGGUCUCACCGUAUGCAUUUUCUCAGGCAGCGUGUACAUCGGUAUCCUACUUGGCUACUGGAGCAACCUCGGCACUUCGAUUCACUACGACGAUGCAAGGCAGUGGACGAUCCCCGCUUCCAUCAACUUCAUUUUCGCCGGUCUCACGUUCAUCGCCUGCAUCUUUGCCAAGGAGUCGCCUCGAUGGCUCAUCAAGCAGGGACGCUACGAGGAGGGGCGAAAGACGCUCAGCUACCUUCGCAAUCUUGACGAGGAUCAUCCCUACAUUGUCAACGAGGUCGAAGUGAUGGAGCAGCAGAUCAUCGCCGAAAAGGAGGCGCUCGAGGGCCUCAGCAUCUUCCAGAUUCUCAAGAAGCUCGUCACCAACAAGAACAACCAGUACAUCCUUUUCCUCGGCCUUGGCAUCCAGGUGCUCGGUCAGAUGAGCGGCGGUGGUGUCUACACCGUCUUCGCACCCAAGAUCUUCGGACUUCUCGGUGUGCCUGGAGGACAGAGGACCAAGCUUCUCACCACCGGUAUCUUUGGUAUUGUCAAGCUGCUCAGUUCGCUCGCUGCCGCCUUCUUCCUUGUCGACAUGCUCGGAAGGAAGACGGCUGUCACCACCGGUCUGCUGCUGCAGAGCGUGUGCUCGCUCUACCUUGCGCUCUUCCUCAAGUUCACCUCCGGUGUCACCAAGGCCAACGAGACGCACUCGGACAAGUCGGCUGCUACGGGCGCCAUCUUCUUCUUCUAUCUCUCGGGUCUGGCUUGGGCCAUCGGUGUCAACUCGGUGCAGUACCUUACGCAGACCGAGAUGUUCGACAUCACGGUGCGAGCGCUGGGUGUUGCCAUCGUGUCGCUGGUCCACUUUGCCAUGCAGUACGCGGCCACUCGUUCGCUCAACCCAAUGCUCCAUGCUUGGGGCAACUUUGGCACCUUCCUCUUCUACGCCAUGAUCGCCCUCACCGGAUGCCUCUUCGUCUUCUUCUUCAUGCCCGAGACGGCCGGCAUGCAGCUCGAGGACAUCCACCAGCUCUUCGAGAAGCCCUGGUACCGUAUCGGCUGGACCGCCAACCGUCCCGCCAACAGGAAGAGCGCCUCCUCGGCAAAGGUGGAGGCCGACGAGUCGCAGGACGGCGCCGAUCUCGCCUACUCGGCUCAGCUCGGCCAGAAGAAGUCCAUCGAGGAGGAGGAAGACGAGAAGAAGCACUGA